AUGGACGAGGCUGAGCUGCUGCGGGCACGGCUGCAGGCCAUCACGGAUAAAAGGAAAAUUCAGGAGGAGAUCUCCGAGAAGCGCCUAAGGAUCGAGGAGGAGAAGCUGCAGCACCAGCACCUCAAGAAAAAAGCGCUGCGGGAGAGCUGGCUGCUGGAUGGGGUCGGCGGCGGCGGGAAGGAGCAGGAGGAGCUGAAGAGGCAGAACCAGCAGGACCAGCGCCAGAUCCAGGCCCUGGACCAGAGCAUCCUCAGGCUGGAAAAGGAGAUCCAGGACCUGGAGAGGGCGGAGCUGCGGGUCUCGGCUCACGAAGAGGCGAUUCUAAAGAAACUGAAGUCUGUGGAGAGGACGACGGAAGACAUAAUCAGGUCGGUGAAGGUGGAGAAGGAGGGAACGCCAGGAGAGUCGAUCGAAGACAUCUACGCCAACAUCCCCGACCUUCCGAAAUCAUACGUCCCCUCCCGGCUGAGGAAGGAGAGGGGUGACGGACUCGAAGAGGAUGAACACAGCAGGAAAGCGCUGUACGCCAUGGAGCUCAAGGUGGAGAAGGACCUGAAGACGGGCGCGAGCACGGUGCUGUCCUCCAUCCCGCUGCCCUCGGAGGGCUUCACGGGCGAGGGCGUGAAGGUGUACGACGACGGGCGCAAGUCGGUGCACGAGGUCGGCCCCGGCCCCCGGGCCGCGCUCAACGGCGCGGACGGCCUGGCGCCCGUGGAGGUGGAGGAGCUGCUGCGACAGGCGUCCGAGCGGCGCGCCCGCUCCCCGACCGAGUACCACGAGCCCGUCUACGCCAACGCCUUCUGCCGGCCGGCCACCCCGCAGCGGGAGGGCGCCGGGGAGCGGGCGCCGCAGGCCAACGGGCUGGGGGGCCACCGGGACCGCCCCGGCCCCCACGCGGACCACGGGCCGUCACCGGGGCCUCCCGACAGCCCCCCUCGGCCGACCCCUCGCCCCCGCCGGUGGGUGAUUCCGCACGCAGAGCGCCAGCCGGCCGCGUGGGAGGGAGCGGACGGGACCCCGGACGGGACGCUGGACCAGCAGGCAUCCCCCGUCAGGAGGCCCGGACGCCAGGGCCCUCCUCCCCCCGGGCAGGGGGCCGAGGAAGACGUGCGCUACAACAUCGUCCACUCGCUGCCUCCCGCCGUGGACGGCGCGGAGCCCGUGACCAUGAUCUUCAUGGGGUACCAGCAGGCGGACGGCCACGCGGAGGAGAGGGCCCUGGCGGGCUACGACGGCGUCAUCCACGCUGAGCUGGUGGUCAUCGACGAGGAGGAGGGCGAGGGCGAGGCCGGGAAGCCCGUCCCCCACGCCCGGGCGCCCCACGGCCCGGCCCACCAGCCGGCCAGGCCCACGCCCCUGCCCAGGAAGAGGGCGGAGGCCAGGCCCCCGGAGGAUGCCCGCCACCCGUCCCCCCACAAGAACUCCAUGUCGCCGAGAGAGCAGGAAGCUCGCCUGGGCAGCCCCGUCCGCCCGCCACUGCCACUCGCGGCUCCGGCGGCCGGGGACGGCACGGAGGACCCGUCACUCACAGCUCUGAGGAUAAGGAUGGCAAAGCUGGGGAAAAAGGUUAUCUGA